CCCUUGGCUUCGMGUUCGGAGUCAUUUCAAUCUCCCUGCCAAACUCGUAACAACUACAUUCUUACUACUAUUUUAGUGUCACACUUCUCACGAUGGCGCUUGCAUCGAUUAAGCAGAAGAUGCAGAAAAUCAAAGAUGACACUGAUGCCGCUGAUGAGAGGGCAUAUGAAGCCAAAUCUCGUUUGAGAGAAGUCGAAGAGGCAGAAGAAAAACAUCUCUCUGAAGCAAAUUCGAUGAGAAACCGUUUACAACUUCUAGGAGAAGAACUUCGUAAAACUGAGGAGAGACUUGCCGAAGUCGAAGAAAAAUUGUAUAAUGAGAAGCACAAGACAGAGACACAUGAAGAGAUUCGUCGUGGUCUUGAGGAUUWCGAAAUGGAAGGUGAUGAGAAAAUCCAAGAUAUGGAGCAACGACUCAAAGACAAAGAGGUCGUUUUGAAGGAGGGUACUGAUCGUCUUGUUGAGGCGCAAAGGAGAGAGGUCGUCCUGACAAGAGACUUGGAAAAGGCCAUCGCAAGAGGAGACGACUUCGAAGCACGAGCUGAUAAGCUCACUGACACCUUGGAACAGGGUGCCGAGCAAGUCAAGGUUUUGGAAGAAACUGAAGAAGAAAAGUUCGAGCGUGAGGAAGAGAACGAGGAGAAGGUGAAAUUUUUAGAAGAACAAGUCAAACAAUUUGAACAACGUUAUGACACUGCAGAGAGAGAGAUCCAAAAGCURCAUCGACUUUGUGAUCAACUGGAUACCGAGAUCGCGCAUUACCACAACUUAACGAAGGAACAACAAGAGGAAAUGGAAGCUGCUUUGGCCGACCUCGACUGCUUCGACGAUUGAUCUUAAAUUAUGAUCCUUCAAUAUACUCAGGUGAAGCCAUUUUGCCUGUUUAACAUAUGCGAAAUACUUUGAAUUUCUUCAACAUACUUGUAUGCAACUAGGAGCAGCAUAUUUUUAUACCCUUGAACGAACACAUUUGUGUAAGUAACUUUAGUUUGGAUAUUAAUUCAUGAAAUGGCUAGUAUUAUUCGACAUAAACAUUUGAGGACUAAAAUUAUUUUUGAAUUGAUUACGAUAGAUUUAUAAAAUCGCUUAGUCUUUUUAUAAAAGAAAUUGUUAAGKUCGGUCCGUAGUAAAACAACGAUAUGUGAUUUGUUUACAAUGAAGUAUUUAUAUGUAAAGAUUUGUUCGAGGUGUGCCUUGUAAUAYACACCAUUGUAGAUCGAUAACAUUGAGUACUACUAUUUGAUUCAAAAUAUUUAAUACAUUCUUUAGUAAAAGUUAUUACAUUUUGGAAAAUAAUAAGCUUGUUAUUGUUGACCAUAGAUAAUCGGUCGUUAACCAAGGAAUACCAUUUUUGUUUAUAUUAAUAUGUCUACUGGCUGUACAAACGAUGCAUUGAGUACUGACACUAUUACGUGUGAAAUUGACACAUCGAUCAGGCAUUCUAUGAACCACAACCAGCCUCCCUUAAAUUUCAUGAAGUCUUCUCAGAAACUCAGCUUGCUGUCAAAUAAUCCUUAACUGCCAUGAUUUCCAAGACUCUAUCGUUGACCUAAAUUGUAUAAAGAAAAUUCCUACACUUAAAUAUAUGCUUGUUCAUUUACUGACACAAUUAACUCCGUGACGUCGUUGUAUUGUGGCUUUUUUUUCCCGCUCCGGUGUCUCGUCUGGUCCGUCUGCGGUCUUCUGAAAAACUGAUGACAUCGACUGUCACUACACAUUUUAGAUCUUGUCGAAAUCUUGCGCCUCACGGGAAGAUGGAUAUAAUUGUAGCGUGGCCGGCAGUAAUAAUAAUAAUAAUUACUUAAUAAUUAUGAUUAACCAAUAGCAAAGGUUACGAGAAAGAUAAGGAUAAUAAAAAUCUUUAGAUAAUAGCGAAAAGAUAGUAAUAAUAAUAAUAAUAAUAAUAAUAAUAUUAAUAAUAGCUAUGGAGUCAUCACAUCCGUGAAACUCUUAUUAAUUGUUAGUGUUUAAUAAUUCAGUUGAAACAAAGAACGAGUUAGAAAG